AUGGCAGACGACACACCGAGGCAGAGAGAGUCCUUCUCUCUCGCACCUGUGAUGCACGGCCUGGAGAACAUGGGGGCUGAGUUCUUGGAAAGGAUGGAGGAAGGCCAGCUCCCCAGUAACUCAAGCCCUGUGGAGGAUGGGGGCAGCAAGAACCAAGUAGCGUCAGAGCCCGGCUCCAGAUGGAGGAGUCUGCAGCUGACCGUGCGAGCGAGAAGCUUCUACAGGGAGCACAAGCAGCUGUUUGGAUGGAUCCUCACAGGCCUGCUCUGUACCGCGUACAGUGCCUUCUUGAUCAUCGCCUGCCUCCGGAACUUCCAGAGGGCCCUGGCGCUGUUGGUCAUCACCUGUGUGGUCCUCGUCUUCCUGGCCUAUGAUCUGCUGAAGAGGCUUCUGGGGCCCAGGCUGAGGAGGUGUGUGAGGUUUCAAGGCCAUUCUCGCCUGAACCUCUGGCUGAAAAGAGGUCUUGCCCUUGCUGCAGGCCUGGGCCUGAUCUUGUGGCUAUCUCUGGAUACCGCCCAGCGGCCGGAACAGCUGGUGUCCUUCGCGGGGAUCUGCGUGUUCCUUGUCCUUCUCUUUGCUGGUUCUAAGCAUCACCGGGCUGUGUCAUGGCGGACCGUGGCCUGGGGCCUGGGGCUACAGUUUGUGCUUGGCCUCUUUGUCAUAAGAACAGAGCCGGGGUUUGUAGCAUUCCAGUGGCUAGGGGAUCAGAUCCAGGUCUUCCUGAGCUACACGGAGGCUGGCUCCAGCUUUGUCUUCGGGGAGGCCCUGGUCAAGGAUGUCUUUGCCUUUCAGGUUCUGCCCAUCAUCGUCUUCUUCAGCUGUGUCAUGUCGGUUCUCUACUACGUGGGCCUCAUGCAGUGGGUGAUUCUGAAGAUUGCCUGGCUGAUGCAGGUCACCAUGGGCACCUCAGCCACUGAGACCCUGAGUGUGGCAGGAAACAUCUUUGUGAGCCAGACUGAAGCUCCCCUGCUCAUCCGGCCCUACCUGGCAGACAUGACACUCUCCGAAGUUCACGUUGUCAUGACUGGAGGCUACGCCACUAUUGCCGGCAGCCUCCUGGGUGCCUAUAUCUCUUUUGGGAUCGAUGCCGCCUCCUUAAUUGCUGCCUCUGUGAUGGCGGCCCCUUGCGCUUUGGCCCUCUCCAAGCUGGUCUACCCGGAGGUGGAGGAAUCCAAGUUCCGGAGUGAGGAAGGGGUGAAGCUGACUUAUGGAGACGCUCGGAACCUCGUGGAAGCAGCCAGCUCUGGGGCUGCCAUCUCAGUGAAGGUCGUCGCCAACAUUGCUGCCAACCUGAUUGCCAUCCUGGCUGUCCUGGCCUUCAUCAACGCUGCCCUUUCCUGGCUGGGGGACAUGGUGGAUAUCCAGGGACUCAGCUUCCAGCUCAUCUGCUCCUACAUCCUGCGGCCUGUGGCCUUCUUGAUGGGCGUGGCCUGGGAGGACUGUCCGGUGGUGGCCGAGCUGCUGGGCGUCAAACUGUUUCUGAAUGAGUUUGUGGCCUAUCAGGAGCUUUCCCAGUACAAACAGCGCCGCCUGGCUGGGGCUGAGGAGUGGAUGGGUGACCAGAAACAGUGGAUCUCUGUUAGAGCAGAAGUCCUGACAACGUACGCCCUGUGUGGAUUCUCCAACUUGAGCUCCAUCGGCAUCAUGCUCGGAGGCUUGGGCUCUCUGGUGCCCCAGCGGAGGAGUGACUUCUCCCAGAUUGUGCUCCGGGCACUGAUCACCGGGGGCUUUGUGUCCCUGGUGAACGCCUGUGUAGCAGGGAUCCUUUACGUGCCCAGAGGGCUCGAGGUGGACUGCGUAUCUCUUCUGAACGAGACCCUCAGCAGCAGCAGCUUUGAGGUGUACCAGUGCUGUGGCCAGGUCUUUCAGGGCACCAGCUUAGAGUUCGGCCCAGAGGCCCUGGACAACUGCUGUCGGUUUUACAAUCGCACGAUCUGCCCAUAG